AUGCAAAUUCCAAAUGAAUUUGUUUCAACGGCUGAAGAUAUCGCUGAUCAGGUGAUACGCAAAAGCAAGAAUGUGUUGCCAACAGUUGCUCGGUUGUGCCUCAUAUCCACAUUCCUGGAGGAUGGUCUGCGGAUGUGGUUUCAAUGGUCAGAGCAACGUGACUAUAUGGACAUGUCUUGGGGAUGUGGCAAGUUCCUCGCUACCAUGUUUGUGAUUAUUAAUUUAGUUGGCCAACUUGGAGGGUGCGUCAUGGUAUUAGGAAGAUUAAAAGUUGACAUUGCCUGUGGAAUACUCUUCUUCAUAGUAGUUUUACAGACAUUUGCGUACAGCAUAUUGUGGGACAUGCAAUUCCUACUUCGGAACUUGGCUCUGAUCGGCGCGCUACUGCUAGUGUUAGCCGAGGCUCGAGCCGAAGGGCGCAGCCUAUUCGCGGGCGUGCCGAGCCUCGGCGAGAACCGGCCCAAGACUUACCUGCAGCUCGCCGGGCGCGUGCUGCUCGCCUUCAUGUUCAUAACCUUGCUCAGGUUCGAAGUCUCCGUCUUACAGAUCGUGCAAGACAUCCUGGGCAGCGUGCUGAUGGUGCUGGUGACGGUGGGGUACCGCACUAAGCUGUCGGCGCUACUGCUGGUGCUGGUGCUGUCGCUGCUCAACCUCUACCACAAUGCGUGGUGGGCGGUGCCCUCGUACAAGCCGCUGAGGGACUUCCUCAAAUACGACUUCUUCCAGACGCUGUCGGUGAUCGGCGGCCUCCUGAUGAUAGUAUACUUGGGCCCCGGCGGCGUCAGUAUGGACGAGCACAAGAAGCGGUGGUAA